AUGAGAGGUGCAAGAUGGCACGACCUCUAUCAGCGCAAGUUCGUCGCGAAAAAUCCAUCAUCCGCUCUGAACGAACUAAUAACAUCAAGACAAAAGCGCAAUGAACGAAAAUGCAAAAGAGCGUUGCGGUUCGACAGGUCUCCAAUAUCGAGAACACCCAAAUUCGCAAGCACCGUUGGAGACAAGGACUAUGGAGGACAGUCUCAAAAACCAGAUCUGGACAGGACAAUUUUUAUUGAGAAAGCCAAAGACUUUGUGCGUGGCAUACAGUUGACCAGCCAGGAAGCUGACAGCCAACAGAAGUCUACACUAGAACGGAACAAGUCUGAUCUGUGGCACUCACAAAGAAAGCAAAGCAAAGAUUGUCAGUACGGCAUCGACCACGAGGAAGACGCAGCAUCAGCAUUCCAAGCGAGAUACCCGAACGUUGAAGUGAAAAAAUGUGGCCUUUUCGUCGACCCUGAUAUACCCUACGUAUGCACCACUCCUGACCGCCUUAUCGACAACGACGGAAUCCUCCAAAUAAAAUGCCCUGCAACAGUACAAAAUUACAUGACCAUCGCAGAAACCGCUCGCAACCAUUCCAUCGGCGUAAAAAUAUCGAAAGACUUCUAUCUUCUAGACUAUCUUCCAGAAUCACACAAGUACUUCUAUCAAAUACAAGCUCAGCUAAACAUUGCGAAGAGGGGCUACUGCAAACUCGCAGUGUGGUCGCCGACGGACCUGCAAGUUGUAACCAUCAAGAGGAACCCUGCGUUCUGGCAAAAAAUAUUGCCUAAGAUUAAUAACUUUUAUGUAGGAUAUAUGGUUCCUGAGCUAGUUGAUCCACGAGUCACGAGACACAUGGAACUACGGGGCAUCACUACCGAGACGCGGAAGUAUUACCAUGUCAUUUCCGUUCUGCCUCCGGACAUAUCGCUGGAAGUCUCUGACUUGCUCCUUCACCCUUCACCCACCGAGCCCUAUACCGCUCUCAAGACAGCGCUCGUUGAACGCACAAUGGCUUCCGAGCGCAAGCGGCUACAGCUCCUGCUCGACGCAGAAGAGCUCGGCGACCGAAGACCAUCCCAGAUGCUUCAGCAUAUGGAGAACCUCCUCGGCUCGCGCGCCGCGACCUUCUAUCGGGUUCUGUUGAGGGAGCUGUUCCUGAAACGCCUUCCCAGCCAGGUGCAGAUGGUUCUGGCCACCGCCGCUGACCUGAAUAUCGCAGCACUGGCCAAGCUUGCCAACAAGGUUCUUGAAGUCAGUUCUCCCACCACCUCGGCUUCUACAGCUCCGGUAGCUGCUCUGACACCCUCUCAAGACCCAGCCACCGCUCAGCCCUCUUCCUCUCAGUUGACCACGCUCACUGAAGAAAUUCGACGGUUAUCUGACGUAGUCGCUUCAACCUUGUCGAGCCGGCAACCCCGUCGCCCAUCCCCCCGACGGCGUAGCUUGACCCCUUCUCCCAGCCGACCUCCAGCUGGUUGCCUUCUGCCUUGCUUGCUUCUACCACGCCAAGUUCGGCGCCGCUGCUCUCAACUGCGCCAGCCCUUGCGGCUGGCCGGGAAACAGCAGAGAGGAUCACUACCGGCAACUAGUGAUCCCCGGAACACUCACCCAGGUCGCCUUUUCUUCAUUGCCUGCAAAUCUCAUGGUUUCCGCUUCCUGGUGGACACCGGCGCCCAAGUCAGCGUGUUGCCAGCUAGCGCUGCAGACAAACGAAGACCUGUCAUGCACCACCUCUCCGCUGUGAACGGCACCUCUAUCCCCGUUUACGCGGAAAGAUCGUUGGCACUAGACGUGGGCUUACGCCGUCAAUUCCGGUGGAUUUUCCUCGUGGCCGCCGUUACGCACCCCAUUCUCGGCGUGGACUUUUUAAACCACUACCGUCUCGCCGUUGACACCUUCCACCGUCGGCUUGUCGACUCUACUACCAACCUGUCUGUGGCCGGCAUUUCGACGACGCGCAUCUCCCCACGCCAUGGUCUUCUCGGCCUGAAACCUGCCAAUCCGAGUUGUGACUACGGAGCCCUGCUUGCAGAGUUCCCUAGCCUCACCCAACCUCCCGAUUGGACUCGCCCGGUGCAACACGACGUGGUACACCGUAUCACUACCACCGGACAUCCCACCCAUGCCAAGCCUCGCCGUCUCGCUCCCGAAAAGCUUGUCAUCGCCCGCCAGGAGUUCGAGCAUAUGCUGGAAAUCGGCAUUGCUCGCCCGUCUGACAGCAGCUGGUCAUCGGCCCUCCACAUGGUCCCCAAGAAAACUGGGGACUGGAGACCAUGCGGAGAUUACAGGGCUUUAAACGUAAAGACCGUUCCAGACCGCUACCCCCUGCCUAACAUCCAUGACUUUACGGCUGGUUUGCAUGGGGCCAUCAUCUUUUCAAAAAUCGACCUGCGGAAGGCGUACCACCAGAUCCUAAUGGCUCCUGAGGACGUUCCAAAGACGGCCAUUACCACCCCCUUCAGCCUCUUCGAGUUCCUCAGGAUGCCCUUUGGACUCCACAACGCUGCACAGACCUUCCAAAGGUUUAUUGAUUUUGUGACCAGAGGAUUACCAUUCGUUUUCGCGUACGUUGGCGACAUACUCGUGGCCAGCCCCUCCGCCGAAGAGCACCUCCGCACCUCUCUUGAAUUUCUCGGCCACCACCUCGACACUAGCGGCAUCAGACCUCUUCCGAGCAAGGUGCAAGCCAUCCUAGAUUUUCCUCGUCCCGACAUCAUUCGUAAACUUCGCAGAUUCCUGGGACUCAUUAAUUUCUACAGGAGGUUUAUUCCUCACUGUGCCUCCACCCUCCUGCCCCUCGAGGAAAUGCUGAAGCUUCCUGAGCAGCCCUCCGCAGCCCUCGACUGGUCCCGGGAACGUCAGCAUGCCUUUGACCAAGCCAAGCCAAACCUCGCCAACGCUAGCCUACUGGCCCACCCUGCUCAUGACGCCCCGACAACCUUGAUAGUUGACGCCUCAAACCAGGCCGUCGGAUCAGUUCUCCAGCAGCAUAUCUCUGGCUUCUGGCAACCAAUAGCCUUUUUCUCUAAGAAGCUUACUGAGACCCAAGCCAAGUACAGUACCUUUGGUCGAGAGCUCCUGGCAGCUUACAUGUCCGUGCGCCACUUUCGCCACCUGUUGGAAGGCCGACAUUUCACGUUGCUUACGGACCACAAGCCGCUGGUGGGCGCCUUCCGAAAGUCCAGUUCCCGCUACUCGCCACGAGAAAUCCGGCACGUAGCAUUUCUGUCAGAAUUUUGUUCGGACAUCAUCCACAUCAAGGGAUCCGACAACGUUCCCGCCGACGUUCUCAACCGUCUGACUACCAUUCAGUCUUCCCAGGACUUUUCCCUCGACCGACUAGCUCAGCUCCAGCAAACAGACACUGAGCUCGAAGCCCUUCGACGCUCCCCGUCUGCGUUGAUAUUGCAAGACGUGCUGCUGCCCGGUACUUCCUCGCCCGUCAUCUGCGAUACCUCGUCCGGCACCCCUAGACCGCGUACUGUCAAGCUUGUCUCCGCAAGAUACGUCUGGCCCGGUGUCACCAAGGACGUUCGGCUCUGGACUCAGGCCUGCCUGGCCUGUCAACGGCGCAAGAUCCACCGCCACACCGUCACACCUCUGUCCCGCUUCCUUCCUCCCGACGCCCGCUUCGACACGGUACAUGUCGACAUUGUCGGCCCCCUGCCACACUGCGAAGGGAAACGGUACAUCUUGACAUGCGUCGACCGCUUUACGCGGUGGUCGGAGGCCGUUCCCCUUGCCGACAUGACCGCCCACUCGGUGGCUGCUGCCUUCGUCAGCACAUGGAUCAGCCAUUUCGGCGUUCCCUCGGAGAUCGUCACCGACAGGGGAAGACAAUUCGAGUCCGCCCUUUUUCAUGCCCUCACGAAGCUCCUAGGCUGCUCGCGUCUCCGGACGACAUCCUACCAUCCUGCAACUAACGGCCUGGUAGACGCUUCCACCGCACCCUGA